AUGCUGUUAGAUAGUUCUAAUGAACAAGUUCGUAUACCUAAUGUCAUUGCUCUUGUCGGCUUACCUGCUAGAGGAAAAACCUAUAUAUCCCAUAAACUUUGUCGCUAUUUGAAUUGGAUUGGAAUCAAGACUAAAGCUUUCAAUGUUGGGGAGUAUCGGAGGAAAGCUUGUAACUUAGAAGAAGAAGGAGAGUAUGAGUUCUUCAGUCCAUAUAAUGCGAAGGGGCAAAAGAUUCGAGAUGAGUGUGCUCGGCUAGCUAUUGAGGAUUUGGGUCGGUAUCUCGAUAAUAAGGAAGGAGAAGUAGCUAUACUCGACGCGACAAACACAACUCGUCAACGUCGUAGGCUCUUAGUGGAUUAUUGUCGUCAAAAACACCAUGAUCCUGCUUUCCGUGUAUUUUUCAUUGAAAGCAUCUGUGAUGAUCCGGAAAUCAUAAACUCCAAUAUUUCUGAGGUGAAAAUCAAUUCUCCCGACUACAAAGGCAUUAUGACUGAAGAACAGGCGAAAGAAGAUUUCUUAAAACGUAUUGAAAACUACAAGUUACAGUACGAGCCCUUAGAUGAGGAAUCAGACGAAGAUCAUUCAUUCAUCAAGGUGAUCAAUGCUGGUAAAUCCUUCUUCGUUCACAAUGUUAAUGGUCAUGUCCAGAGUAGAGUCGUGUAUUUCCUAAUGAACAUUCACCUCUUACCCAGAAGCAUCUAUCUCACUCGGCAUGGCGAGAGUGAAUAUAACCGCAUCGGAAGAUUGGGUGGAGAUAGUCCUUUGAGUGAGAACGGGUUGCAGUAUGCUCAAAAGCUUCGAGGAUACUUUGAGGAAGAAGAACUGCACGAUUUGAGAAUAUGGUCAUCACAGAAAAUCCGUGCUGCUCAAACUGCCUCAACCAUGAGAGACUUAGCUGCACAUGUUGAAUAUUGGAAAGUUCUGGAUGAAAUCGAUGCUGGAAUAUGUGAAGGAUUAACUUAUGAAGAUUUUGAAGCUCGAUAUCCAAAACAGUUCGCUGAAAGAGACAAGGAUAAGUAUCACUAUCGUUAUCCAAGCGGUGAGAGUUACGAGGAUCUGGUUGCCAGGUUGGAACCCGUUAUCAUGGAGUUAGAAAGACAGUCCAAUGUUCUAGUUGUUUCUCAUCAGGCUGUUCUUAGAUGUAUUCUGGCUUACUUCACUAACAAAAACAGGGAUGACUUGCCAUAUUUAAAAGUGCCUUUGCAUACGGUCAUCAAGUUGACUCCGAAAGCCUAUUCUUGCGAAGUAGAAAUGUUCAAGUUCGAUAUUGAAGCUGUUAACACGUACAGAGAGAAACCCGGAACUGUACCUAAAGAAAAUGAUAACGUUGCUAACGGAACGACCCAAAGUGUGGAUGUAAAGCUCCCUCUCCUUCUUACGCAGGUUCUUGGAAGAACAAUGAGCGAAUGGGUUCCAACAGUACCGGCUGUCCUUCGUGAAUCAAAAGAAACUGUUUUUGAAUGGCGUAUCCCUGGAGAGCAAGUUGAGUUCCAAGAUAACAGAAUUUGUUAUAUCACAAACUCUUUACGUGUUCCUGGAACUGUUUUCUUGACCAACUAUCGUCUGAGGUUCGAAGAUGAUGAAGAUGAGUAUGAGGGACGUCGGGGGUUCAUAUUUAAUAUUCCUCUUGGCUGUAUUGCUAAAGUUGAGAAAGUUGGGCAUUCAAAAACAGGAAAUUCAGAAAUGUAUGGAUUGCUGAUAGGAUGCAAGGAUAUGCGGGAUGUUCGUUUUGGUUGCAAUCCUGAUAUACAUAGUCGUCGACCUCUUUACGAGGCCUUGCUCCGUUUAUCAUUCCCUUCUAGUAAAACGGAAAUUUUGAAUCAGUUCUGUGGUGUGUACAAGAAGCAUUUCGAUCGUAAUAGCUAUGAAAUCGAUGGAUGGAAACUGUAUGACCCCAGGACUGAGUUUAAGCGAAUGGGCAUUCCCAACGAUCAAUGGGUCAUCAGUAAUAUCAACUCUAACUACGAUUUAUCUGAAACUUAUCCACUCGCAGUCGCUGUUCCAGUAGCAGCGGAGAAAAAAGGAAUUGAAUUCCUCAUUCGUGUUGCCGACUUUCGUAGCCGACAGAGAAUCCCGGUUCUUUGUUGGCAUCAUCCUCAAUCCCAAGCAGCAAUAACUCGUUCUUCGCAACCACUAUCAGGAAUGACGAACAGAAAGAGCGCGGAUGACGAAGACUAUUUGGAAAUGAUCAUGUCUGCGAAUGCCGAAUGUUAUAGCCUAUCGAUAUAUGACGCCCGUCCUUUAGUCAAUGCUAGACUAAACAGAGCAAAAGGAGGAGGCUAUGAAGAAGGGUACGAUCAAUGUGGUUUAAAAUUCCUAAACAUUCAUAAUAUUCAUGUUGUCAGAGACUCUUUGCGGAAAUUGAGAGAUGUUCUCUUUCCGAAAGUUGAUGAGAGGAAUUAUUUCAAACUACUCGAUGACUCUAAAUGGUUCCACCACCUUCAAAGUAUUCUGGAAGGAUCCAUGGAAAUCGUGAGAGAUGUUGAACUCAACAAGCAAUCUGUCUUAAUUCAUUGUUCGGAUGGCUGGGACAGAACUGCUCAGCUUUCAUGUCUCUCCAUGAUACAACUCGACCCGUAUUAUCGUACUAUCGAAGGGUUUGCUGUGCUUAUUGAGAAGGAAUGGUGUAGCUUCGGACACAAAUUUGCUCAACGAUAUGGUCAUUGGGAAGAUAAAGCAGGAGACGCAGAAAGAUCACCGAUAUUCGUACAAUUCAUAGAUUGUGUCUAUCAACUGCUUGUCCAGUUCGAGCCCUUCUUUGAGUUCACUCAUGAGCUUCUCAUAUUCAUACUGGAAGAGUUGUACAGCUGCCGUUUUGGAACAUUCUUGUAUAACUCAGAGAAACAGAGAAUUCUAGAGAAUAGAUGUCCCAAAACGACGGUCUCAAUAUGGACAUACGUGUUGAUGAACCGAAAGUUGUUCUCCAACCCUGGGUAUCAUGGUCUUCCAUUAAAUGAACGUAAGGUUCUGUACGUGAACCCGUCCAUAAGUAUGAUGAAGCUCUUCAGAGAUUGGCAUGCCCGGUAUAACCCAUUCAUAGUAUCUCCACAAUCUGCGGCUAUGAAACUACGAAACUAUGACAGAAGUUGUGGCCAGUACACUUUGAAAGAGGAACUAAUGAAAGAAAUUGAAUGA